AUUACUAUCUUAGUUUAGCAUAUUAGCAUGCUAACUGCUAACGAUCAUGUCAUUAGUAUAAGGUGAACAUAUUCUCAAACCUCACUGAGACCAGACAAAGUUUAACAUUAUGUGUUAACAUUAGCUGGAAAACCCAACCUGGUAAUUUUUCAUGGUUUGGAAUUCCUUCCAAAUUAUUAAUAUUUAUUCCGAAUUCCUGGAAUCUCCUCUUUGGAAAUGAGCUGCUAAAUUCAAAAUACACACCAGGUGGUGCCAAACAUGCAUAUUAUGUUAUAUUGGAAUAUAUAGUGAUACAGUUGCACCAAUCGGAAGGGCGCCAUAAAACAUUCAGGAUAGAUAGGACAUAUCGAGUUUCAUGAUCAUUUCCAAGAGUAAAACAGAAGGUUUAUCUGGUUUUAGUGUUUCACUGCAGUGUUUGACGAACCAAUUGGAAUUUGACAAAUUGGAAGAAGAUAUUUCCAAAUGUCUCACCACCAGGUGUCCAGUCUGACAGAACAAACAGAGACUUCAACCAACCACCGAGCGUCGCCAUCACACCGCGCAGGACCAGACGUGCACGCGCAGAGGAACUGUGACGGAAUGUGACGGAAGCAGCCGAAGACGAGGCGGACGAGGAGCUCCUCCACAGAGUCUGCAGCUCGUUGCACCGGCAGCGUGGAGCUCUCUCCUCUGAGGAUUAUCAUAUUCCAUCAGGAGAAGAAGAAGAAGUGACUGUCCACAUCAUGGGAUGAACGUGACGUCGCCUGGAUGAGAGAGUGACAACAAAGAUCAGAAACUGGUUCCAGAGCGGCACCAAGUCUUUGCUGGUCGAGAGGAAAGAACCGCUGACUGGACACGUCUCUGUCGUCCCACUCCAGUCGGUAACCAUGGUGAAGGAGCGCGUCCCCAACUGGGUCCACUGGGACUCCGACCUGGUUCUGGUCCACGUGAACGUCGGAGGCCUGAAGAGGAGCAUUUGCUUCAGCAUGCUGAAGAAGUUCCCCGACACCCGACUGGGAAAACUUCUGUCAUGUGACUCGGAGGAAGACAUUCUGCAGGUGUGUGAUGACUAUGACGUGCAGCAGAAGGAGUUUUAUUUCGACAGGAACCCCGGCCUUUUCCCGUACGUCCUCCACUUCUACCAGACGGGAAAACUCCACAUCAUGGACGAGCUGUGCGUCUUCUCCUUCAGUCAGGAGAUCGAGUACUGGGGCAUCAACGAGUUCUUCCUGGACAGUUGCUGUAGUUACCGUUACCACGACCGCAAGCUGGAGAGCAGCCGACAUCGCAGCUGGGACGACGAGAGCGACGCCAGCAGCGUCGACACGUCCGUGGACGAGAUCUCCGACCUGAACAGAGACAUGCUACACUUCCAAAGGGUUCGUUACGGGAACGUCAGGAAGUGUCUGUGGCUCACGCUGGAGAACCCGGGGUACUCCAUCCCCAGCAAGCUCUUCAGCCUGAUCUCCAUCGCCGUGGUGCUCACGUCCAUCAGCAUCAUGUGCGUCAACAGCAUCCCGGAAUAUCAGAGGUUCGACCCGGAGGGGCAGCUGGUGGAGGACCCCGCCCUGCAGGCGGUGGAGGCGUUCUGCAGCUGCUGGUUCACCUUCGAGGUGGUGUCGCGGCUGCUGCUCGCGCCCAACAGGAGGAAGUUCUUUCAUCACCCUCUGAACAUCAUCGACAUGGUGUCGGUGGUUCCAAUCUACAUCACGCUGCUCUUCGACAUGACGCUGGGAGCCGAGUCAGAACUGGGAGAACUGGGACGACUCAUCCAGGUCUUCAGGCUCAUGAGGAUCUUCAGAGUUCUGAAGUUGGCCCGGCACUCGACUGGACUGAGGUCCCUGGGAGCGACGCUUCGGCACAGUUAUCGGGAGGUGGGCAUCCUGCUGCUGUACCUGGGGGUCGGAGUGUCCGUCUUCUCCGGGAUCGCGUACACCGCUGAAUAUGAAGAGGACGUGGGUCUGGACACCAUCCCGGCCUGCUGGUGGUGGGGCACGGUGAGCAUGACCACGGUCGGCUACGGGGACGUGGUGCCCGUCACGGUGGCCGGGAAGCUGGCGGCCAGCGGCUGCAUUCUGGGCGGCACCCUGGUGGUGUCGCUGCCCAUCACCAUCAUCUUCAACAAGUUCUCCCACUUCUACCGGCGACAGAAAGCUCUGGAGGCGUCGGUGAGGAACAACCACCGCAGGAGGAUGAGGAUGAGCUGCGACAACGAGCCGGAGGAGGAAGAGGAGGAGGAGGACGAGGGAUCGGACGGGGACAGCCGGUGUCUGGACGACGACGACGAUGAUAUCGCUGAUAUUGAGGAGGACGAUGAUAUAGAUCAUGAAGAUGACGGAGGUGUGAUAAAUUACAGCUACGUGGAGCAUCCGUCCUACACGUCGGUGCUGAGGAAGAAGGAGCCGCGUCCGCUGUGAGGACGAAGAGUCACUGUACGACCAGUCACUGUCAAUCAACUCUGCAUCAUGAGGGACAAUCAACCAAUCAGGUGGCGGCUUGAUGAGAUGAAAUAACAUUGACAAUAACUUCACGUCUUCCAUGAAACAUCACUGUAGUUUGUUCAUGAUUCAGGAUGUGAAGAUUCACAGGAAUAAUAAAUAAAUAACUUGAGUCUGGACUGAUGUGAAACAGCAUGAACUGUGAAAUUAAUCAUAAUCAAAAAUAUCAUGGAAAAACUUUGAAAAGUACUUCUGUGGAGGACGAGAUAUAAUAAGGAAAUAUUAUUAUUAGCUUUCUUUAAAAAAUAAUUGUUACCAAGCUAACUGUUCCUUCAGGUGCCAGUCUCUAUGCUAAGCUAAGCUAACAGGCUGUAACUUCAUAUUUAAUGUACAGUCAUACGAGUGAAAAUAAAAAUAAUCAUAUUCACCAAAACGUUGAACUGUUCCUUUAAACAGCAGCUUCACGUCACAGACUUCAGAAGAAGAUGGACGACGCUGCGAUUGGACAACGUGUUUUGGCUUCAUGCAAAAACAUCUCAUAUAUAUAUAUGUAUAUAUAUAUAUACAUAUAUAUAUAUAUAUAUAUACAUAUAUAUAUGUAUAAACCUGUACAGUCGAUAUGAGAUAUUUAAUAAAUGCCCAAUGGCAACAAGAGAAUCAAUAAAAGCCAGAAAUAUAAAAGUCUACAGAAAGAGUCAACGAGACCAAAUACAAUUGAUAGAUAAGAGAUUAUAUAGAUUAAGUACAGUACAGACAACAGCAAAGCUCUCGCCUCGUACAGAGAAUAAAUAUUACUAAUAAAUGAUCUACACUGCAUCGCCCAGGCUGCGACUGCUCCGUCAGGGUCUAUCCUCUGAGGAUCUAUCCUCUAGCGACCAUGAACGUCUGAACAGAAUCUUAUGAUCUUUCAUCUCCGACGUGUCAGGACAUAAAACGUGGAGCGACUGACGGACGAUGUCCAACUUCUGUCACCUGCAGCGUUAAAGUCCAGGUUUUAUGUUUCUGCAGCAGCAAAGAAAGAGUUUGAACAAAGAGAGAAUCAAACACUGAAAGAAACUGAAGCGUGAACUGAUGGAUGUUUGUCUGGAGGAAGUGACCGUGCUCUAUAAAUCUGUCAUCGGUAAAGAUUAUGAUUAUUAUUAUAAAACCCUGAUGACGUUAUUAUUAUUUUGAAGAAGGCAGGAAAAAAGUGUUGUUUGAAUUUCCAGUCGAAGAUGUUUUGAGAGUUUCUGACCCGACGUGUAAAGAACCUCAGUGACACAUUAAAACACUCUGAUGCAUAACCAAUAAA